AUGGCCGGCAUUUAUCGCACUUCGCAUGUAGGCGUAUCCAAACAACUACACAGUCAUACCGCACACUCCCUGCAUUCUUCAUUCUGCAUAUUAUUUACACCGUUUAAACGACCAGUCACGUACAUUACUAUUAGACGAAAUGCAAGCGUUUUUGCAUCACGCAAACAAUUACUUGGAAGAUACAGUCUCGUUGACACUUUAAAAACGACAACGAGAGAGUCAACAAGAACAUUAAGCACGACUACAAACACUGACCCAAAAUCCGAAAAACUCAUAUCGUCCUUUGCAGCCACGCGGACAAACAACAACAAUAAUAAUAACACAAAGAAUUCCUUGCUCUCGAGACCCGAAAAGGAGGAUAGUAAAAAGAAGGAUGAUAAAAAUGUCAAGGCCAACAAACCCACAUCUGCGACUUUGAGAGUACUGAAUACACCGAAUUCUUCUAUAGUAAUGCAUCGGCUAAAUAAUCUUGGCAUAUUAGACGCGUACGCUCCGCCAGAGAAAAUGCCAAAGAUGUUUACGAAAGAAUAUUUCAGAAAACUCCGCCAACGGUCAAAGAAUUUUUGGAAAAAUUUGAUUCACGUUGGGCUAACGAGACGAGCAGAGCAUAAAUUAAAACUCCCAGCAGACAAACAAUGGAAAGCUACCCUGUUCAAAAUAGAAGCCGUCGAAAUAUACAAGGAAAUGAAUAGGCUCUUUGCAGAAGGAAAUGUCAAAGAGCUCAAAAGAAUUUGUCACGAGCAUAUGUUACAGAGGCUUAAAAGUCAACUGAAAUCGAGAUCACCAGGCAGAUAUAUAUGGAAAUUUGGCGGAAUGGUCGAAAAGCCACGUUUUGUCAAUGUUCGAGCGUUUCAAGUCAUGAGUUCAGACGAGUAUGUGCUUAAUCAAGUUAUCAUACGGAUACACUCGAAACAGUCCUUGGUCGUUUACGACAGUUCUAAUAACUUGCGCGGUGGGGAUCCAAACAAAUUCCAAAAUGUCCUAGAAUAUGUAGUAUUCCAGCGACGCUUAUGGGAGCCGGAUGAGGGUUGGGUUGUUUACGGUUAUUAUGUACCCGACAGAGAUAUGAGUAAUGUUGUGAGCCAGACAAAGGAUGGUAAAAAAUAA